AUGUCGAUGCAUCGGGGUUACAAUUGUGAUAGUAAGGUUGGAUUUGAUUGGAAGUGCGCAACCAAAUACUCCUGUAAUGCUGAGUACAAGAUCAACAGCGUCCCCCCUUGCUUCAGUAUUUAUAUGUGUGGGCUGGUGUUCGAGGAACUCAUUGCUCAAGUGUCCAGUGGAAAAGAGUGUGAGGCAUUGAUGAAUGUGCCACUUACUUUGGCAAAGCUGGAGUUGGAAGCUAAGUUUGGGAAGGAAACAGUCAAGGAGAAGAUGGUGCAGUUGAGGAGGCACAGGUCGAUUGGCGACAUGAGAGCUUCAGUAUACAAUGCUAUGCCUUUGGCUGGGGUUAAGAGAAGAGAACAACUGGUUAUGGUUUGGGGUGGGGUUGAUUUUUAUUUAUUUAUUUAA